AACUAAAUCUUUUUCUCUGUAAUGUUUUAAAAUCCAUAUGGAUCUGGAAAGAGGUGUUUUUUAUUUUAUUUUAUUUUAUUUUAUUUUUGUUUUUGGGGAGGUAUUUGGAGUUGUUUUCUUCACUUUUCUUUUUCUUGGAAAAUUAAGUAAUGAAAAAUUUCAUCGAUUUAUGGUAACCUUUAUGGUUAAAUAUGGAUGGAAUUUUAUCUCUGUUUGUAAAUACAUAAAAAUUAUGAAAGGAGUUACAAUUUUCUCUGAGAGAGACACAGUAGUUGAUUUCUAUCCAAACAAGCCCUACGCAAAUUUGUUAAUCAAACUUUAUUGACAAACAAAGAAAAAAAAAAGAAAAUAAAAGACAAGGAAAUGAGAGACUCCUUGCAUAAUUUAAUCUAUGUAGUUAUUUUGUUUUCUAUCUUAUAUGUUCAAAAUUUCUACUUUUUUUUAACAACUUUAUCCCAAAAAAAAGAAAAAAAGAAAAUUGAAUUAGCAAAGUAUUUUCCAAGACAAUUGCGAAUUUAAAAUUUUCUUUUAAAAUUUCAUUUUAAAUAAUAAAAUAUUAAAUCGUAAUUUCCUUGCAGGGAGCUUUUUAAAGUUUAAUGAACAAAUUUUUAUUUUUAUUUAUUUUUUAUUUUUUAUGGAGUUUGAAUUCUCUUAUCCUGAAAAUGUUCCACGCCAUGGCUUUCCCUCGAAUCCAUAUAACCAGUAUGGCUCGCCGGCCACGGCAACCUACAAAGUCGAAUUCAAAGACGAAGCAAAAGCAGAGCAGUGUGAGUGUGGGUUUCGGGUGCCAGAAGAAGGAGCUCCUAUGGUGGUGCGUCGAGAGCUGUGGGGCAUGCUGCAAGCUCCAUAAGGGUCCCUCCUUCCCCACUCCCGAAGAAAUCUUCACCGACUCUUCUGAUAUUGAGCUUUACAGAAGCAUGAUAGGCGCAGAUGGAUGGUGUAUACACUAUGACAAAAGCACUCGCAAAUGCUCCAUUUAUUCUGAUCGUCCAUACUUCUGUCGAGUAGAACCAGAUGUAUUUCAAUCGUUAUAUGGAAUUCCCAAGAAGAAAUUCAACCAGGAGGCUUGCAGUAGCUGUAGAGACACCAUCAAAGCAAUUUAUGGUUCUAAUUCAGACGAAUUGCAUAACUUUAACGGUUCAAUAAGAAGUUCCAGAUGCACCACUUAAAUUGUGGCACGCUUUUCAUGGCUUAUUUGAGGCUCCAAGGUCAUUAAUUUAUUUUCAUUUUGAUUCUUUUAAAAUCUUCGUGAAAUUACAGUACUGCAGUAUAAGUUUUGCUUGGACAUAUAUUGAUAUUGAUAUUGGCACCAGAUGGCCCAAUCAUGUAAGAAUAACUGCACUUGUGAAGAGAGAAGAGGGGGGAGAGAGAGAGAGAGAGAGAGAACAGUGGAGUUAGAGAGAGAACAUUGGAGUUGUAUGUAUCAGUUAAAAGGUAGCUGCUUUGUAAAAAAUGAUGAAGAAAUGGAAGAAGAUUUGACAUGUUUUCCGUA